ACGGAGUGGCGAUCGCGGUCACAGCCGAGUUUUUCCCAGUUCUGUGCUUAUUUUUAGGUCCUGUCCGGCAGUCGACACUCAAUUACCCACAAGUCACUGUUGAAGGAGUCCGAUUAACAGAUCCUUGGACUCAGUCAUUGGCGGAAGUUGGAUGCAGGACACUCGGCCUUCGCUCGAAGAGUCCGUCAGUAGAUAGUUGGAGGAGGAUUUGAGGACAAGACGCGAUUCGAAUUGACCAGUAACCCUUCAACAUGAUCGUCAGGAAAUAGCAAUCAACGUUUAUUUUUUUUGAAAGAAAAGCAAGUAACAAUCGUACCCAAGCCGCAGAGGUACGCAAGUAGAGCUUCGAGAGGUGAUCCAAUUCCUCGUGUGGAAAUGACAGCGACGAUGUGCAAGACGACGAGGUCGUUCCGCAUCGACGAUCUCCUUCAUCCGGAACGUGGAUCCUCCAUUCGAGACAGCGCCGUCUCGUCCAGGGAGGGUGAGAGGUCCUCCUGCAGCUCUCCGACGUCGCCCGACACCCCCAUGACACCCUCAACACCACCGCGUACACCCACCAUCCCGUUUCCCAUGCAUCUCCAAGCACACUGGCCUGCGAGACCAACUCCCGUUUACGCACCGCAUAUGGACGAUCGGCGACUAUGUCUUCCCUACGACCUUCAUCCCUUCAGAGCGGUUCCACCAACCAGAUUCUGGCCGCUCUAUUCGCCCUACCAGAUCCCUUUGCAGCACAAUAUACUGGCACGACUGUCGGCCGCCCAUCACAGCAAACGCAAAGGAGGUCAGGUCCGCUUUACACCACAGCAAACUGCGGGCCUUGAACGGAGAUUUGGUUCCCACAAGUACCUCAGCCCUGAGGACCGCAGGCAUCUUGCUGCGCAGUUGAAACUCACCGAUCGUCAGGUGAAGACAUGGUUCCAAAAUCGAAGAGCAAAAUGGAGACGCGCCAAUCCAACGGCGGCAAACGGUGAAGGUGGAGAAGGCUCGGGAAAUUCGCUUCAAAAUGGUACGAGCGGAGAGGCUAACGAGGAGCUGGAUGAGCCUUACGACAGCGACUGCGAAAGUCCGAUUUCGGUUACCGACUAGACGAACGUUGGAGAGCCAAUUCAGAUGCCACGAUAUCUCCGUUGAGAAUAAGACACGAGAUACGAAGGCGUACUGAUCACACUCACCCGAAACAGACUAAUCCAUGUAUAAAUAUUCCCACCCCUAGGCGAGGUCGGACGUACGAUCAACGUUUCGGAAAGCUGCGAAUAUCAAGAUUCGAACUAUUGAAAAGUCUCGGCGCAGGUGGAUAGAUACUUCUACCCAAGUUUGGUAUUAACGAUGUAUCUUUAUGCAGUCCCACAUUUAAGAAACCGUGACGAGUCGAUCGGGUGAUCGAUCACAGCUGGUCAACUUUGUGCCAGAAAUUAUAAUCGUGCAGUUUUGUUUAUUUGCACUUUAUACUUACAAUUGUAUAUCGGAUUACUAUCGUCUUGUUAAACGGUCACUUGAUCUCCCGACCCAACGGGAUUCCACUUGGGCCUUCAACAAAGGAAAAUGUAUAAAUCGGUGAGAUUUCGUAUUGGACAUUGAAGGAGAAAGAAAGGCUUCGGAACUAUCGAAUACGAACAAAGUUUGUGUAUAGUUUGUAUUAUAAUGUACAGUGAAAUUUGAAAACAAACGAUCCAUGAAUUGAAUAUUUUAUAUAUACGUGUAAUCAGCUCAUCAGACCAGCAUGUUUUAUAUUAAAAUAUGUAAAUAUGGAACGAUUGAGUUUGCAUCUAAGAUAUAUUUAUUAAAUCAUUACGUUAUACCAUGUAUAUAACUGCUUGUAUAUUGUCAUUUUUUUUUUAGUUGAUAAGGAAGUACUGCACAUAUUCAAUAGUAUUAAUAUCCCUUGUUUAUACUAAAAAUAUAAUAAUAAUAUAAUAACAUCGAAAUGGAUUUUGUGAAAUAAUAAAUUUAUGCGAAACAUGCAUCAUAUAUUAUAUAUAUCGCUGAUAAGAAUAUCCCUCAAGUACGGCUGACGAUAAUUCUGGACAAAUAAAGCUUUCCUCAAUAACUUGAACCUGAAAAUAAAAAUUAUGCCGAUGAAGUGAGUGUUCAUUCUAAACUAUAGCUUGGAUAGGUUUACCCUUUGGUCCUGACU